GCAGCACGCAAGCACAGGAACUUGGACGCGGAGCUUACACUGUGCCACCGACCGUCCAACGAAAAACCCUUCCAUAAACCCCAAUACCGUCUCCGCGUCUCAAAGAUGGUUCGCCGAAAGAACAACCACGUUAGCGGCACCAAUCAGAGCUUCAGCAACUCACAACAGCACAGCCGUUUCGAGGACGCGGACGAGGAUUUGACCACAGAGAGCUCCAAUCUCCAAAACUCUGUUGUAUUGAGCGACAAAGCUAUGGAGGACGAUUCGACGUGUGUGCCUGACGAUGUGUCCUUUAUGGAUGCCGAUGAUGGCAAGACCAGCGCUGACUAUUACUUCGAUUCCUACUCUCACUUUGGUAUUCAUGAAGAAAUGUUGAAAGAUGUUGUGAGAACUAAGACAUAUCAAAAUGUAAUUUACCAGAAUAAAUUUCUGUUCAAGGACAAAGUAGUUCUGGAUGUUGGAGCUGGGACAGGAAUUUUGUCCUUAUUUUGUGCCAAAGCAGGGGCAGCACAUGUUUAUGCUGUUGAAUGCUCCCAUAUGGCUGACAUGGCAAAAGAAAUUGUUGAAACUAAUGGAUUUUCUAAUGUUGUAACAGUUUUGAAGGGAAAGAUAGAAGAGAUUGACCUACCAAUAGCCAAAGUGGACAUAAUUGUUUCAGAGUGGAUGGGAUAUUUUUUGUUGUUUGAGAAUAUGUUAAACACAGUCCUCUAUGCUCGGGAUAAGUGGCUUGUCAAUGAUGGAGUUAUACUACCAGAUAAAGCUUCCCUCUAUUUGACAGCCAUUGAGGAUGCAGAUUACAAAGAAGACAAAAUUGAAUUUUGGAAUAAUGUGUAUGGCUUCAAUAUGAGCUGCAUCAAGAGGCAAGCCAUGAUGGAGCCCCUUGUUGACACAGUUGGCCAGAAUCAAAUCGUUACGAACUGCCAACUACUCAAGACAAUGGACAUCUCUAAGAUGGUUCCUGGGGAUGCUUCAUUCACAGCUCCCUUUAAGCUUGUAGCAGAACGUGAUGACUACAUCCAUGCUUUGGUGGCUUACUUUGAUGUAUCUUUUACCAAGUGUCAUAAGUUGAUGGGUUUCUCUACAGGGCCGAAAUCUCGCUCCACACAUUGGAAGCAAACAGUCCUUUACCUGGAAGAUGUUCUAACCAUAUGUGAAGGGGAAGCAUUGACUGGUAGCAUGACUGUGGCACCAAACAAGAAGAAUCCCCGAGAUGUCGAUAUAAUGCUCCAAUAUUCAUUGAAUGGUCGUCGUUGCACGGCCUCAAAAAGUCAACAGUAUAAGAUGCGCUGAUGCUUAACAAUUGGUGCAUCGGCCACUUGGGCUGUUGCCUUGCCCAAACCCCCCAUCUAUAACUACUUCCAUUUGUUUGGCAAUUGUAUUCCUAUUGUUUUUUCGUUGGAUUCAUAAUUGUUGUUUGCCGUUCAGUUUCUGUAACUUUGACCACUGCCUUUCAACCGGUUGUUCAAAAGAACAGGUUGAGAUUUAUAAUAUGCAAUUUUCAUUACAAUGGUGAU